CUAUUGAACGUUAAAAUACCGUGUUGAACACAACCAUUAAAAUUCCCAUUGGAGGUUAUCGCAUGUAUUGUACAUACGUAAAUUCGAAUAUUCUUGCAAGUAGGCUCGGACAUCAAUAUGUCGAAAGUGACGAAAUUGGGCUUGAAAGAGGCUCGGGAAUUGAUCAAGCAAAAAGAAUUCAAGGAAGCUAUAAAAAAAUGCAAAACCAUCCUUAAGGAGGAUAAACAUAAUUACAUAGCACUAGUCCUGCUUGGGGCUGCUAUGCAGGAAGUAGAAGAACUGAGAUCUCAAGCUCCGUUAGCUCUCAAAAAGGCAUCUGAAAUCCAGCCCAAUAAUAUCUUGGCCUGGCAGGGUUUAGUUGCAUUUUAUGAGCGAGAACCAAGCAACCAUCUUGCGCUGCUGGAGCUGAUCACAGCUCACAGCAAACUGUUGCAGCUUGAUAGCGAUCCAGCAAAGUUUUCCGACACAAUCAACAAAAUUGUGGAUCUUGCUUUAGAAUUACAAGAUGAUACAGCCUUGGCACAAGUUAUAUCAACUUUUAACCAGCUUAAAGAGAGAGAAAUGUUGAGCGAGGACAGAGUAAGAAUAAUCAAUUCUAGCUUGGCGAAGAUUUUAACUCAAUAUCCAAAAAAUUUAGAGGAAUAUUCUGCUCUGUUAGAAGAUACUCUUGCAAAGGUGUGCAAAGAUCUGAAUGUAACUAAUAGGCAAGAAUAUUACAGAAAAUAUUUGAAAAUUCUAUAUAAUAUUGGAAAACUAGAUGCUUUACUUACAGAAGCUGCUAGGAUGCACGAAGAGUUCUCCGAUGACACAUAUCCGUUGGAAUGGAUCUGUCGAGUGUAUUCCGAGAAAAGUAUUUUAAAUGGUUCAUGCGAUGGUAUAGAAAUAACACCAUUCUAUGAAACACUGCAAGCUCUGAACGUCGAUUCGAGUGUGGCAGCGAUGGCUAAAGCAGUAAAUUUGUACCAAAAUGCUAAUUUCAUUGAGGCAAGGGACACUUUAAAUCACGUCGUCUUUCUUAAACCAAACUGGUUGUACCCAUGGGUGACCUCAGCAGAAGUUAAUCUAAAACUCUAUUGUUUUGAGGAAGCUGAAAGGGCAGCUGCCCGUGCCAACCGAUUAAUAAAACCUGACACUCCAGGCAAGCUAGAGCUGAAGAUACAGCUUAUUAUGUUCGAGGCAAUAAGUCGAAAUGCAAAUUCAAUAGACUCGAGGUUUUCUAUGGAAAUGCUUGAAGAUAGAAUCAGCAGAGAUUCGUCUUCACACAAAUUUAAAUUAAUAUUGGCACGCGUACGUGUUCACGUUGAGGAUCCAAAGGCAAAUGAAUUGUUGAAGGAACUUCAAAAUCACUCGGAAACAAAAGUUGAAGCUACCAUCCUUAAAGCAAUUGCUUUAAAAAACCAAAAAAAAUUAGAUGAAGCUGCAGACGUUAUUGGCUCAGCUUUGGAGAACUCGGAAGCGUGGUUGGUGCUGGGAAAAAUCCAUUGGGAAAUGGGUGACUACAAUCACAGCCAAAUGGCAUUUUUGAAAGGCAUCCAUGCCGAUCCUUACAACUGGGAGUGCUUGGUUUAUUUGGGUCACUACUAUCAACAGUAUGGCAAAGACUUGGAACGGUCCCAAAAAUGUUAUCAAAAAGCCUUGCAAAUCAAUCCAGCCUCUGAAGAAGCAGGAAUCGGUCUUAGUACAGCUUUCAGGCUCUUGAAAAACAGUGAAGCAAACAUGCAAUUACUGCAGCGUGUAACAAUGUACGGAGGGGGUCCUAAGUGGGCUUGGCUUCAAUUGGGUUUGCAUUAUUUAGACCAGGGAAAGCCUGAGCAGACAAUAAACUCAUUGCGUAAUGUUGUAAGAAGCAAUCCAAAUGACAAUCAUUGCUGGGAGAUUUUGGCUGAUGCGUACUUGGCGAGAGGGGCUCAUACAUCAGCACUAAAAUCAUACCACCGAGCCCUGGAACUGAUUCCUGGAUCUUUAUAUCCCAUGAUACAAAUAGCUAACAUUAAACUGAUGCUGAGCCAAUUUAUAGAGGCGAAAAAUGAUUUCGAGCAAGUCUUGCAGUCUGAACAGCGCUAUAUCCCAGCAUUAAAGGGACUAGCAGAAACAUUACUUGGCUUGUCUAAAGAAUAUGCUUGUAAACAACUACUGGGUCGAUCACGAGAAAAUGCAGAACUAGCUGCUGACUACUUGACUACAACCAUUACAGAAAAUAGUGGGUUUUCUUGCAUUUGGAAACUAUUGGGUGAUGCUUGUUAUCAAAUAGCAACUUUACCAAAGAAGUAUUGCUUCAUGAAAAUUAGUGCAGGCUUAGUUAAAUCUGAGAGCCAAGAAAAGCAUGUAAUGAUUGAAAGAGCAGAUAUAUUCUCAUUGUCCAUAAGGUCAUACUGCCGUGCAUUAAGUUUAUCACCAGGUUCUGCAUUACUUUGGCACGAUCUGGCAUCGUGUUACUUAUCACAGUUGAAAAUAAAUUCAGCCUCCGAUCGUCAUGACGUGGCUAAUAAAGCUGCAGCAGCUGCUAAGCAAGCUAUAAAACUAUCACCAUCGUCGUGGAUGCAUUGGAAUCUGUUGGGCGUGAUCUGUAUGACACCUGAAAUUAAGAAUUACGCCCUUUCACAGCAUUGUUACGUAAUGGCGAUCGACAUGGAAUCGCAAAAUGCUGUAGCUUGGAGCAACUUAGGAACUCUAUACCUACAUUUGGGCGAUCCUUACAGGGCAAACGAGGCAUUUUCACGAGCUCAACGAGCCGAUCCUGGAUAUAACAAUAGUUGGAUAGGUCAGGCUCUAAUUGCUGAGAAAAUGAAUAGGAAAGAAGCUAUGGAUCUGUUCAGACACACUACCCAGUUGGGGUAUCACCAUCAGGCUGCAUUGGGUUACACUCAUUGGGUUUUAUCAACUCUUUUAAACUCCGAAGCUAAAAAAGAUCCUUUGUACACAUACACAAUUGAAAAUAUGCAUGCGAUAUCAGUGGCAAUGGACGGGAUAAAUUGGUACCUUGAACAUGUUCCUGAUGAUCCCUGUGCCUUGAAUGCCUAUGGUUUAUUACUAGAGCGCCAAAAAUUGUAUAACCCUGCAGUCAAAGCAUUCACCUUGGCUUUAAAAUUAGCCACCAAAGACAAUGAGAAAGACUCCUUGCGGGUUAACUUAUCACGCAGUUUAGUGCAGCUCAAUAAAUUUGAUGAAGCUGUCCAACUUUGUCAGAGUGUCAAAAAUGCUGAUUUCAAUUCCCACUGUCAACUUGCUCUUUCGCUAUUCAGAGCCGAGAGAUACGAAGAAUCUUAUGGCGCUUACGAAGCAGCCUUGCAUUGGCUAGCAGGUGAUGGCUCAGAUAAAGCGCAUGUACUUUGUGCGAUGGCAGCUAUGGCCUACAUGUUUCAAGGUGUUGAUGAUGCGAAGACUCUACUCUUCCAAUGCAUUCGAAUUCAACCGCCAACCGUUUCCGGACUUCUUGCCGCAGCUGCACUUGGAUUACUUCAUCAAGACAUUAACUUGGUUGCCUUGGUUCUGAAAGAGUUGAAACCAUAUCAAGAUCAUCCAGAACACAGAAAUCAUAUUACUUUGCUCUCUGCUUACUCGCAUGUUGUUCAAGAUGAUAGUAAAACUGCUAUUAGAGUAUUGAGUAAAGCUGCACAUAGACAUCCUGGUGACGUCGAAUCAUGGGUUUCAUUAGUGCGCUUAUUGCCUGAGUCAGAGCCAAAAAUCAUUGGUAACAGUGCAGAGAAGGCUUUGUUUUUGGGCCUGAGAAAUUGUACAGAUGUCGUGGCAAAAGUGAGCUGUACUUCAUCGAUUAGUCAUCUCAUUUUGGGUCUGGGUGAUAAAGGACUAAAAUCUAGUGAAAAGGCAAUACACUCAUUUCCCUAUAUGGCGGAAAGUUGGGCUACAUUGGUUGCAGCACUUCUUCCACGAUCCAAGUGUAGAGAUUCUAGUCCAAGCGCUCAUUGGCUGACAAUGUUAAUUUCCACCAUACGACGGCGUUUUGCAAUUACAAGACCCAUGACUCAAUGGCUAUCGAACAACGAAAGAAAGGCUAGUUUAUGGCUGACCAAAUCGUGAUAUCAGGACAGGUUGUAUAUUGGUAAAACUGUUCAAGGCAUUAAAUUUUUUUGUAUGCAAUCAAAUAAAGAAAUAUCCUGAAAUAAAGGAAGUAUUCACUAAUUGUGGUACAUUGGAUAUCCUAUAAAUAUGUAUUAACAGGCUAUACAAAGAAACUAUCAGUUACUAACGACUUGUAUUUCAUAAGUUUUACAUUCAAUUGUGAUUUUUAUAUGAUAUCGUCACUAAUGACACGAAUUGUAAUGUUA